AUGCACGCCACGCCGCACUCCACGCUGCCGCGAAACGCGCUGCGAGUGGUGGUGGUGGCGGCCGUGGUGCUGCUGGCGUACUUCCUCGGGCCGCCCAUCUACUGGCGCCUCGCCGCCACCGACAACGGCCCCGACGCGCCCAUUUCACCGGAAGUCGACCCCGAAGUAGAGCGUCUGAGGUCCGUGGUGGAGGGCGCGGCUGCUGCCAGGGAGGGCGCUGGUGCUGGGGAGGAGAGCGCUGUGGGCGCUGUGGGCGGAACAUCAGAUGAUGCUCACAAUGGUGGGGGCCCGCAGGGCGAGCAGGCACACAUGGGGUUCGAGGAGACAGGGGCGGGGGGCAAUCCGGUGGGCCGGGUAAACAGCAGGGGCGGGGAAGGGGAAGGGCAUGGCGAUGCGGAUGGUGCUGGGGGGACGCGUGCGGAGGGGGGGGUGGGCGACAAGGGUGCUGUGGCCGGGGCGGAGAGCAUGGGUGCAGACCUGGCGCGCAAUGGGGAGGGCAGGGAUGGGGAGGGCGAAGGGGGUGAAGGGGCCGAGGGUGGUGAGGUUGGGGAGGGUGGUGAGGGUGGUGAGGGUGGGGAGAAGAGAAAGGAGGAGAGUGAGGGGGGAGCAGGAGUGGAGAGAGAUGGUGCAGGGAAGGGUGGGGAGGUGGUGGAGGAGGGCGAUGAGGGAAAAGUAGAAACGGGGGGAGAUGAUAAGGGUGGUGAGGCGGGGGAGGUGGAGAGAGGCAGGGAGGAAGGGGCGUCAGGGCACAGUGAUGGUGAGGGGGAGCAAGACCAUGAGGAGAAUGCUCCAGCGGACGAGGAGAAUGGCCGCGAUGCUGCACACACACAUGCACAUGCAGACGCCGAUGCAGACGCAGAUGCAGGUGCGCAUAGUGGCAGGAAGAGUGGUGGCACGAGCAGAGGUGACGCAGGGAGCAGAGCGGAGGCAGAGGAGGAGCAAGCUGGUGCGGAUGAGGAAGCAAGCAGUGCAGAGAGCAGGGAGGAAGGGGAGGAGCAAGAUGCGGACUCCAUCCGAGUCGAAUCAUGUAGGAGCACUACACAUAUCAACAGCCGUCAACAGCGAGAAUAG